CGCAUGCGCCUGGCUGCAAAUCCUUCCUGGGCUUCUGCCCUGUGAGUUUGUUUAGGUGCCAUGUCCCGUCGGGCCUUGAGGAGGCUGAGAGGAGAGCAGAGAGGACAGGAGGAGCCCGGGGCCCUUGGAGGAGACGAAAAUGAAAAAGACGAUGAGGAAGAAGAAGCACCAAAGCUCCCGGAACCGCGAAGCCGUAAAGCACGUGGAAACCGGAAACUCUUGGAGGAGCGGGGCCUAAAUAACCCCUUCCAGCUGAUAAUUGACCAUGAUUGUGAUGCUCGGAGUGAUUCAAACAUCAAGCAUGUCACAAAUCCUAGGCUUAAUGAGGAGAAAGAGACAAAUACUUGUAAGACGGACCAAGAUGCCACUGAAGAUCCUGCUUUGAACCAGGCUGCUCCAAGCAACAAACCAAAGAAGAAGAAAAAAAAGAAGAAAUCAAAGAAAUGCACUAUUUCAGAGAACCAGACUGAUGGUGGUUCAGAAGAUGGUGAUCAACUUGGUGAUAUAGACAGUAUCCUACAAAAGAUAGAAACUACCAAUGGGCUCACAUACCAAACCAUUAGUAGUGGGAGUACUGAGAGUCGCCCACUGUUAUAUAUUGAGCACAGGAAUUUAAAUCCAGAGACAGAACUGAAAAAAUAUUUUGGCUCUCGAGCUGUCAUGGGAGAACAGAGGCCACGGCAGCGCCAACGUCAGCAUCAUCGCAGUACCUGGCUUACCACCCCAAAAACUACCUGGCCUAGAUACAGCAAGACAGGCAUUACAAUGAGCCUUACAGAGACUAAACGAGGAGUUCAGUAUUUUACAUUUGAGCACCAAAGAGAUUACCAACAUGUGCAGUUCAAGUUCCUAGAUGCUGUGGAAUCUAUGGAUCCCAACAACAUUGUGCUGCUACUUCAGAUGAACCCUUACCAUGUUGAUUCUCUGCUUCAGCUAAGUGAUGUAUGUCGUCUUCAAGAGGACCAGGAAAUGGCACGUGAUUUGAUAGACAGAGCUCUGUACAGCCUAGAGUGUGCUUUUCACCCUGUGUUUAGUCUUACCAGUGGAACCUGCAGAUUGGAUUACCGUCAGCCUGAAAAUAGAGGAUUUUUUCUGGCACUUUACAAGCACAUGUUUUUUCUGGAGAAGAGAGGCUGCCCACGUACAGCCCUUGAAUUCUGCAAGCUUAUUCUCAGCCUUGAUCCAGAGAAUGACCCACUGUGCAUGUUGCUUUUAAUUGAUUUCCUGUCUCUACGUGCUCGUGAAUACAACUUCCUCAGUCGCAUUUUUCAAGAGUGGGAGGCUCAUCGGAAUUUAUCACAGCUACCAAACUUUGCAUUCUCUGUGCCUCUGGCGCUCUUUCAGCUCAGCCAGCAGGAUGAUCUCCCUGCUGAAGAAGAGAGGAAUGCUCGUGAAAAAGCCUGCAAUCUCAUUCAGCGGGCACUUAUCAUGUUCCCUGGAGUUCUUCUGCCCCUGCUAGAUGCUUGUGGGGUGCAGCCUGAUACUACUGUACAGUCUCAUCCUUUCUUUGGAUCACAAGUGCAGAUAAGUCAGCCCUCUGCUUUGACCUUAUUGAUAACACUCUAUGUGGGGAGAUGUCAGAACCUAUGGAAGGAGGCAAUGGUUAUGGCUUGGCUGGAGGAAAAUGUGAGAGUAGUGCUGCGUUUGGUGGACAAUAAAGAAGCGAUUGUUCAAGAAUGUGAGAUGAGACGGAAGGUUCGGUAUCAGAGUGCCCCUAUGAACAUCCAUCGUCAUGUGAUUCUAUCAGAGAUUAAGGGAGCUAGCUCAGCUUUACCACUGGAAGUGACAGCUCAGCCAGUUCUGGGAUAUGAUCCCCUCCCUCCACCGGAUUCCAUUAUCUCGUACACAAGGCCUGAAAGGACUAAUCGGCCAUCGAACGAAGGAACUUUAUCUUUGUUCUUUAGAUCACUUUUGCCAAACUUCAAUCUUCAGGGAGAGGACCAUCAGGAAGGUGAUGAGGCUGGAGCUGCCAGGGACUUAAAUCAAGGGGUAAACAGACUCAUGGCUGCGAUGAGAGACAUGUUGGCAAACAUCCAGUUCCAAGAGCCACCACGUGAGGACAAUCCAGAUGGGGAGGCAGAUGCAGAAUGGGAUUAAGGCCUCCAUAUAAACUCUGCUCCAUCAGCACAAGUUUCAUGUGACUAAUCAAUAACUGAAUUGAAGCCCCUGCAAUGAAUCUUGGAUUCCAGUUUCCGUUAUUAAGCUGACCGAAACCUAACGUUUUGUGAAGUUCCUGAAACCUUAUAAAAUAUUUGUGAAACUGCACGGCAGAACAUUUACCUCUGAGGGGGUGAGGUACGUUAGAUGCAUGUGGCUUUAGUACUAGACCAACUUCUGUAAGGAAUGAUUUGAGCAUGCAUCCAUAAGUGCAAAGCAGGCAGAGGAAUUACUUUUUUCAUUAAUAAAUCUCAUGUGAGCCACAGCAAUCCUUUUGAAAUUAGACUUGGUCAUAUGGGAAAUUGUCAUUUUUCUGACGAUGAAACAGAAUCUUUGUUUAAGUGAUGAGCUGCACUAACUGCCUAUUUGUAUGUAACUGCAGCUCGUAGUCUGGGACACAAAUUGGUGUCAUGAUCCUUGUCUCCUGUUCCCUGCAGGGGGGAGAGUUGCCUCUCUGCUUCCAAGCCUAAGCUUCUACUGCUUUACAGAAGAGAUGCGUCUGCUGGUCUGCCUUCUGGCACUGGAUUCACUCUAAGGAUUUAGAAACCAGAGGUUCUUUGAAAAUAAACAUUUACAAAGUCCCUAAAAAUUGAGUUUCAUUGUUUAUUUUUUCAAGUGUUAAGGAACAGUCCUCUAUGAUAUUUGAAAAUCCUCGUACCAUGGCUCAUAUGCUCAGGUCCUGUACCUGAUUAUGUUUGUGUAACAUUUACAACAGUGUAUAAAAUGUAUACGUACAUA